CCGGCGGGUGAGCGACCGGAGCCGGAGGUGUGGUCACCGGCAGCAGCAUGGACAGCGACGAGGAGAACGUGGAGGAGGUGGUGGAAGGUCCGUUGGAUGACGACGGUCAGCCACACGGUUACUGCACAGUGACCUACUCGUCCAGCGAUCGGUUCGAAGGACACUUCACCCACGGAGAGAAGAAUGGCAAGGGCAAGUUCUUCUUCUUCGAUGGAAGUGCCCUGGAGGGUUUCUACGUCGACGACGCCCUGCAGGGUCAGGCCGUGUACACGUAUGAAGACGGAGGCGUCCUCAACGGGACGUAUGCAGAUGGCGAGCUGAACGGGCCGGCUCAGGAGUUCGAUGGAGAGGGCCGGCUGGUGUUCAAGGGCCAGUACAAAGACAACAGCCGCUGUGGGGAAUGCUGGGCCUACUACCCUGACGGCGGCUGUGUGUUUGGCCGGGUGAAUGAGGACGGCGAGAUGACCGGGGACUCGGUGGCUUACAUCUACCCAGACGGACGCAUGGCUCUCUAUGGAAGCUUCGUGGACGGGGAACUGAUUGAAGCUCGUCUCGCCACCGUGACCUCCAACCAGACUGGAAGGCCGCGCUUCGAGGUCACAGCCAACAGUCCAGUGUACUCGUAUGACAAGUCGACAUCCACCUGUAUCGCCACCCACAUCCUGCUCCCUGACCCCUACGAGAGCCAAAGGGUGUUUGUGUCCGACUCGACGAUCCGAGGAGCCGGUCAGGGCCUGUUCGCCAAGACGGACGCUGAGACCGACACUGUGAUGUCCUUCUACAAUGGCGUACGCAUCACACACUCUGAGGUGGACAGCCGAGACUGGGCCCUGAACGGAAACACCAUCUCCCUGGAUGAAGAGACUGUGAUCGACGUCCCUCAGCCGUUCGACCAGACAGACACAUACUGUGCAUCUCUGGGCCACAAGGCGAACCACUCGUUCAGCCCCAACUGCAGAUACGAGCCGUUUGUCCAUCCACGGUUUGGCCAGAUCAAGUGCAUCCGAACCUUGAGGGCUGUGCAGAAGGAUGAGGAGCUAACGGUAGCCUACGGCUAUGAUCACGAGCCAACAGGAAAGAACGGGCCGGAGGCUCCUGAUUGGUACAAGCAGGAGCUGGAGGUGUUCCAGCAGAGACGGGCGGCUCCCACUGACCAGUGAGAACACGGACCUCUGGACAAUGAAACACCUCCUCUACCUGUGCUGCCACCGGACAAGACGUCUGGAGCUUUGUGACACUUGAUAUCCCUUCAGCUGCAAACCCCAACGUAUAUAUUUGACAAGUUGUUCUUAAUAUGAUAUUUAAAUGGAAUACUGUUGAGCAAUUCAGUAUGAAUGGAAGGCUCACUUGGGUCAAAGCAACACAAGAACUAUGCAAAAACCAAAUGAUCUUACAGGAGACAUGUCUCUGGCUGGAGGCGCUGCUCUGUUCCCACUGUCCUCACACAGGGUGACAGAUUUACCUGGUUGGUGCAUAGACAUUUAGGAUAUGAUAAACACUGUUAGCAUUUCUUUCAGUCUUUACUGUCGGAUUCUGUUUAGCUGCAGGGUUUAUGCAGCAGCUGCAGUUCACCUAACAGGGCUUCCUUGGGGUGUUGAGUUUAACAUCACCUUUUGUAUGAUGUGCUUGAACUGUCGAGCUUACCCUGCAGCUGCCCCAAUCCAUAAGUUUAAAUACAUGUACAUUUAUUGGCCUACUCACAUUGAUACACCUCAACACAGUCUACAUACAUAGAGAUUAAUUUAUUGAAGCUAUCUGAAAUCGGUCAACUACUGUAUGCCUCUGAUGUGAUUUGUAUGUCAAGGAUUGUGGGAGAAAACAGUGGAAGGUCUACAGCUGCAGGAGAAACCUGUGAGCUUGUUCUGCUUUCUAACCUCAUAAUCUGUGUUCACAUCCUGUCAACAAUAAAAAUCCAGCUGUAGGGAAAUCAAUCCA